CCAGAUGAUAGUACAACAGAGCUUUCUGCUUUAACCUCAACAGAUCCUGCCGCAACUACAGUUGACACCACUGAUUCAUCAAAUACAGCAGAAACAUCUACAACUCCAGAUGACAGUACAACAGAGCUUUCUGCUUUAACUUCAACAGAUCCUGCUGCAACUACAGCUGACACCACUUCAUCAAAUACAGCAGAAACAUCUACAACUCCAGAUGACAGUACAACAGAGCUUUCUGCUUUAACUUCAACAGAUCCUGCUGCAACUACAGUUGACACCACUGAUUCAUCAAAUACAGCAGAAACAUCUACAACUCCAGAUGACAGUACAACAGAGCUUUCUGCUUUAACUUCAACAGAUCCUGCUGCAACUACAGCUGACACCACUUCAUCAAAUACAGCAGAAACAUCUACAACUCCAGAUGACAGUACAACAGAGCUUUCUGCUUUAACUUCAACAGAUCCUGCUGCAACUACAGUUGACACCACUGAUUCAUCAAAUACAGCAGAAACAUCUACAACUCCAGAUGACAGUACAACAGAGCUUUCUGCUUUAACUUCAACAGAUCCUGCUGCAACUACAGCUGACACCACUUCAUCAAAUACAGCAGAAACAUCUAUAACUCCAGAUGACAGUACAACAGAGCUUUCUGCUGUAACGUCAACAGAUCCUGCUGCAACUACAGUUGACACCACUUCAUCAAAUACAGCAGAAACAUCUACAACUCCAGAUGACAGUACAACAGAGCUUUCUGCUGUAACGUCAACAGAUACUGCUGCAACUACAGUUGACACCACUCUUGUGACAGAAGACAGUGCACCUACGCCAGCCUCAACGACAGCUGAUUUCACAACUACAAAAGAAGUUAUAACAACAAGAACAAGUUCUACUCAGUCAACGUCCAAAACCACAACUGUCAAACCUAUUCAUUGUGAAAAUGGUGGAACUCCACAAUCAGACAACAAGGCUUGUUUGUGUCCAAAAGGUUUUACGGGGAGCUACUGCAGUACUGUUGUAACUGAAAUUGUUCCAGAUGUCCUUGAAAGGACAGUCGAUAUUACGAUGGAAAUAAAUGAAAAAUUUACAGAUGACCAUACAAACCCAUCAUCAGAUGCAUAUCAAGAUUUUUUAAAAAGAUUCAAUGAAACAGUGGUAAACUCUUAUGAAAAAGAAAUACCCAAUUUUUUGCGUGUGGAGAACAUAAUUCUAAGUGCUGGUGGACCAUUACAACGUAGUCAAAGAAGAAAAAGAAGCUUGCCUUUGAAGGAAACUAUAAGUGAUACGGCUAGUCUGAAAGUUGAGCACGAUAUCCUUCUUAACAUUGAAAAUGACAAAAACCCCACAGAUACUUAUGAAAACAUUGUCAAGAAUGUGGCAAUUGUUCUUGAUGGCAUAAAAAACAAAACAGACUCAGGAUUGGUUUUAAAUAAAGCCACUGCAUCAGAGACUGAUCUCAAUGUCAAAGAGGUGUGUAUCAAGGCACUGGAAGGAAUUCCUGAAAAUUUCCAAAAAUAUUAUGAAGCAGUUCUGCUGGGUGGCAAAGUGGAAUGUGUGACUCCAUGCAAUGGAAAUCAUAAAAAUGCAAAGAUUUGUAAGAACAGCGGCACCUGUGAAGUUUCUUCUCAGGGCCCAUCCUGCUAUUGUCCCUAUAAUGAUGACCUCUGGUACUUGGGAGCGGAUUGCAGUUUACAGGUGCACAAAAUUGGAUUUUAUGCUGGAUUGGGAUCAGUGGCAGCCAUAGCGGUAUUAACUGUAGCAUUCCUGACAGCUUAUCUAAUUAUAAACAAACGGACAGUAAAGAGGAACAAGGACAUUAAGCAAGAGCUCGUGAAAGAAUGGUUAGAGGAUGACUUUGAAUGGCCACCACAAAAGAAAACAUCAUACACAGCUGACCGAUAUGAUAACCCAGUAUACUCACCAGGAGGCAGACAUACACAGGACAGUUUUGGAAACUAUAAACCAUAUUUCUCUGCAAAUCAGUCUUACACCCAGAAUUUCUCUCCUGAACCUAGUAUUGAUCUCCGGUAUAUUCAGAGGGAUCAGUUUAUGAAAAUGGACAGACCUCAGAUCCGUUCAUCUUUUGAAACUUAAUAUUCUAUGUGUUUGGAAACACAAGCAUUACACCUUUGUAUGACAUGCUGAAUGUAUCUAUUGUUUAUUUUUAAAAUACAGUCUUGAUCCAUCAGAACUUAAUCAGUUGCUGAGCAUUGUAUUUAUACCACACAAUUUAGCAGUUGUACAAUUCUGCACAUUUUCUGUACCUCAAUGUGUGACUAAUAUAAUCUGACCAUAUUGUGUUAUGUAUGUAUCCCAUGAUGAAGAAAAAGCAGUAGAACUUCAGAUAUGCCCUGCUUAUCUUCGGAUAUGUUAUUAAAAUAAUCAAUGUAGUAAAGUUAGAUAUCUUGUAGUUAUCUUCUUAUCGUUUUUACCUUAUUGCUCCUUAAGGUAUCAUUUCUUAUCAU